CGCUCUCAACUCGCUCGGAACGGACGUGUCCAAAACUUGGAAUUGGAAAAUAGUGAUAAAGUGCAAGUCGCGCAAAAUAAGCCUAAAUCGCGCGUGUGAGAAAAUCAAAUUUAAUUAAGAAGCUAAAAUUGUAUAUGUACUACAUAUAUAUGUAUGUGCAUAAAUUCAAAGCAGAAGCCAAAGUGUAACUGUGCUGGUCUCCCGCCCAGUCUGUGUGGCCAGAGCGAGUGUGAUACGUGCGUGUGUGUGCGUGUAUGUGUAAUUUGUACAACACACAAAUUUUCACAUACGAAUUCGAUGUGAAAAAUUGAAUUAACAAAUUUGUGUGCACAUGCAAAUGAAUGAAAACUGAUUUAUAACCUAAUCAUUUUAAUUGCAAAACUUCAAUCACUGCUUAAGUGUCUCAAGAAGAUACAACAACGGAUUUCCCAUUUUUGCCAAACGGGAAAACUGCAGCAGCAGCAGCAGCGGCAACAACAACAACAACAACAACAGUAGCAGCAGCAACAAACAACUUGUUAAACUGUUUCGCGAGGCAGGGAAUGGUAUAUUUCUUGGGGGAUUGGGGCAUGGGAGAUUCUGACUUGUCGUCAUAUCAGCAGCAUGUUCCAAAUAUACAGCAGCAACAACGCAUCCAUGGACGUGAUUUACAUCAACAGCAGCAGCAGCAACAACAACCGCAGCAGCAGCAGCAGCAACAACAGCAGCAGCAGCAACAGCAAUUGGUUACACAAAUCUCAGCUAGCCUAAACAUAUUGCAAUCACAGUUGCAAUUUGCCAGCGGUUCCAGCUUCCUUCAACAACAGCAACAACAUCAGCAGCAGCAGCAGCAGCAAUCGCCCGCCCCAUCGCCCCAUCAUCAUGUUGUUGGUACGAGGAGCAGCAGCAGCAUCACCAGCACCAGCAGCAGCAGCCUGGUAACCGCUAAUCUUCAGCAACUAUCGGUGAGCAGCGGUGGCAACAACAACAGCAGUUGCUCAACUCCCACCAAGUCACAACAUCAACAUCAGCAGCUGCAGCAACAACAACAGCAAUUGCCGCCAACUUGGCUGCGACAAUGCUCCGAAUCAACACAAUCAGCUGCCGAUAGCUGCGGAAAGGCAAAGACAUUGCAGCAUUCAGCACAGCUCAGCAAGGAUCUCCUGGAAAAUGAAGAUGAGGUGGCACUUCAUCCACUUUCCAAUCAGGUCGGAGGACACACUCGCCUGUUGUUGCUCAACCAGUCGACGGUGAUCAAGCCGCUGAAUUUGCGCGAAUUGGACUUUUAUCAGAACAUUCCGCAGGACAUACAGAAGUUUGUGCCCAAGUACAAAGGCGUUAUGCAAGCGACCUCCAUGGGCGGCAUCAAGUUGGACAAACGCUACUCCCCCAGUUUCCGGGACGAGGCCGCCGCGGUUCCCGUUCGCAAGAUGAGCGCCUCGAAGCGCAAGCGUGACGAUGUUCUAAGAAUGAAGGUGCAUAAGAACGGAAAUGCGGCCGAUGUUAUCAAGAGCAUUUCGCAACUUGACAACUCCAAUAAGCAAUAUUUUCUGAUGCUCGAGAAUAUCACGUCGCAGUUUCGUAAUCCCUGCAUUCUGGACCUGAAGAUGGGCACUCGACAGCAUGGUGACGAUGCAUCCGCUGAGAAGCGCUCCAAGCAGAUGGCCAAAUGCGCAGCGAGCACAUCCGGAUCAUUGGGUGUCCGUCUAUGCGGCAUGCAAACCUAUCAGGCGGAUCUGGAACAGUACGCCAAGCGGGACAAGUACUGGGGACGUGAGCUUAACGAGUCGGGAUUCAAGACCGCACUGCAUGAUUUCUUCUACAAUGGCUUUCGUCUGCGCAUCCGUGUCAUACGCAAGAUCCUGCAGAGAUUGCUUCAGUUGCGACGUGUCAUUGAGAAACAAUCCAGUUAUAGAUUCUACUCCUGCUCCUUGCUUAUUGUCUACGAGGGCUACGAGGAGAAUCCAAUGGCCCAUCCGCCCUCCAUGGAUUUGGAUGACUGGCUGGAAGCACCCAAAUCGGCCGAAGUGCAACCUAAGGCAGCGUUUGACUUUCAUCCAGAGAAUAGCAUAGAUGAGGAUGACAUCGAGGACGAUGAGGCUGGACAUGAGGCGGGCGAUGAGCUGGAGCCGCACGAUACCGACGAGGAUUUGCAGCUGGUGGCCGCCGUUGAUAGCGGCAAUGCGUCGGCAACGAACAGCAGCACCGGUGCGGAUGGUUGUAACUACGAUGCAGAUGCAUCCAAUGACUCCAAUUCGCGCUUGAAUCUGGCCACGCGUCGUCAUCUGCACAAGCGCGGCUUUGCGGAGGCGGCGGCUCGUGGUGUCAAACAGACUGCCACCAGCUCCACCACCACCACAGACGAGGAGGAAGAGGAGGAGGAGGAAGAGGAGGACGAUGAGACCAACAAGUCUCAGCAUUCGCAUUUGUCCGUGAUGCCACCACCGCGCAGCUGCGGCGUCUUGCCAUCCAAAUCAUCAGCUGGGGGCAAGAGCAGUGGCAACAACGCAACACCUGCAUUCAUUCCAAUUUCCGAAGAGACAGUAUUUCUGGAUCCAGAGCCAGCGCUGCCCAGCGUGACAACCUCAUCGCCACAUUCCGGUGACUCAUGGAUGAACUACAGCAGCAACAGCAGCGACGACUUCUCCGGCCUCUCGGAGCAGAUCAAAGCCGUGGCCAGUGGCCGACAGACAUGUAACAACAGUUCCGAUGACGGCAGCUCGGACUACGACAGCAGCAUAAUUGGACCCACAGAGGCCAUGUUCAAGCGUUACAAGUCACAGCAAUCCUUCGAUGCAGCGGCAGCAGCAGCAGCUGGUGGUGUGGGAGCCACCCCGUCAUCGCCCCAUGCAACUGGCAACUCGUGUGUCUCAAACAGUGCCACCAUCAAGUCAAUUGUAUCGCCCGCCUCCUCCAGCGCCUCGUCGUUGAAGUCGGUAAAGGGCGCCGUGAAGCGAUUGCGCUGCAAAGAUGAUGAUGAACACUAUGCGGCCCACGAUGACUCCAGGGAUGCCAAGAAGUCAACAAUAACAUCCACACCCGUUUCAGCCGUCUCUUCGCCCUCAAAGACGCGUGCAACGUCGGCGGUGCAACGCAGUUGUGAGAACAUUUGCAACUCUCUGCUCUCGGGCAUCUUGCUGGACUCCCUGGAACGACGUGCCAGUGCCGAGAGUGACAACAACAAUAGCACUGAGCCAAAGACUUCAGCAACUGCAGCUGCUCGGGGUAACACAGCGCUGCUUCACGGCUCCAAAUCCCUGGACAUGUCAGCACCGCCCACAGAUGAUUCGGCUUGUUUUGUGGAUGUGCGUCUCAUUGAUUUUGCCCACACUGCGUUUGUGCCGAGGAACGGCAGCAUGUUGCCUACUCCAGCCGCCGCGCCCGUGCACCAUGGACCCGAUGGUGGCUUUCUCACCGGUCUGGACAGCCUCAAUCGCCUGCUCAACGAGAUAUUGGCCGAAGAAUCCGUCUAGACGGCAAUCUGCUCCUUGCGGCUACAAUCAAAGCUUCCCAAAGAAGCCGACGCACACAACGCAAUCCGCGAACGGGGACAGAAAUAAGUUUAAAGUACAAUUUGAUUUCAAAAUACCUAAAUUGUUGCAACAACAUGUGUUAAAUUAUGAAAUUAAUCUUUAGAAAUUCGAAAUGUGAUUCAGCAAAACAAAAAGAAAAUACAAAAAAACAAACAAAAUUAUUUAACAGUUAACCAGAUAAACCACAAAAAAAUAUAAAAUAAUAUAAUUAAUGGAAACAUUUAUAAAUCCAAACGAUAAGUGCAAGGUAAAAUCCACAGAGCUGACAAUUAUUCAAUUGAUUAACUGAUUUAAACGCAUUUCAAUGUGAUUUUUUAUCAAAAACCAAACAAAACAAAGCAAAAAUAAGAAAUAAAAAAAACCAAUUUAAUAUAUGUUUAAACAAGUUUCUUCCAAACAUAGUUUAAAAUUUAAAGAUAUAUUGAUUGAGAUAUUUAAUAAUUGAUAAAUUGUUCAUGCUACUGCAUUUCCAAGCGCUGAAAAUCGCUAAUGAAAGAUGAGAAUGAAGCGAGUAAUGUUCAUGAAUAUAAAAAGCAACUACUAUAUAUGUAUUGUAUUUUAAAUAAUUAACGGGCGUGCAAGUCAUGCCUUUUUUUAUACUUAGCUAUUAUAAUACAAUGCAAAUGACAAAGCAUCAAAGCGUAAGAACAGUAUUUUGUUAUAUCUUUUUCUUUGCUUUAAAUUGUUUCCUUUCUAUAUUUGUAGCAAUCACACAAAACCGCAACUAAAGUGUGAAGAGCAAGAAAAACGCUAUUAACAUAAAUCCUAAUAACGUAUAUGUAUAUUACUAUUACUUAUUGUAUAAUUAGAAAAUUAAAUGGAAAAACAAAA